AUGGGCUAUGGACAAAUCCUCCAUAAGCGCGGCUACGAUGAGCAGCAGCUUCACCUCAACGUGGGAGGAAUUCGCUUCGAGGUGGACGGAGACAUGUUGCGGCAGUUCCCGCACUCGCGUCUCGCCCGCCUGCUGCGCUGCCGGAGCGAGGCGGCCAUCCUGGAGCUGUGCGACGACUACAGCGCCGCUGACAGAGAGUAUUACUUCGACCGGAAUCCAAGGGUGUUCCUCUGCGUGCUGAACUUCUAUCAGACGGGACGCCUACACAUGAUGGAAGAUGUGUGUGUGUUCUCCUUCGGACAGGAGAUUGAAUACUGGGGUAUCCAGGAGUUCCACCUGGCGGACUGCUGCAGCAACUGGUACCACGAGAGGAAGGAGUACAUCCACCACCGAGACUGGGACGCCCGGAGCGAGGACGGUCGGCAACCGAGCUUUGAUUCGUCCAUGGCAGAACUGUCAGCGCUAGAUCAGGACUUAGCCAAGUUUGAGGGCGCGUGGUGCGCCGAGUUCCGGAGUUACAUAUGGCUCAGACUGGAAGACCCGGGUCACUCCCGAGCGUCGAAAAUCAUCGCCUUUGCAUCCCUUAGCGUGGUGUUGACUUCCAUCAUCGCCAUGUGCGUCCACAGCAUGCCUGACUUUCAGCGUGUGGAUGACAAUGAUAAGCCCAUUGAGGACCCUGUUCUCGCCAUCCUGGAGGUCAUCUGCAUUGUGUGCUUCUCCGCCGAGUUCAUCAUCCGGCUGAUCGUGGCCCCCUCUUGCAGGAAGUUCCUCGGAAACCCCUUGAACAUAAUCGAUGUAGCCUCUAUACUUCCGUUCUACGCCACCCUGGCUCUGGAAAAAGCCGACAAGGCGGGCGCCGAGGAAAACGAGGACAUCCAGAACGUAGGGAAAGUGGUGCAGGUUCUUCGUCUGAUGAGGGUCCUCCGAAUUCUCAAACUGGCUCGCCACUCCAUCGGGCUUCGAGCGUUAGGCGCCACUGUUCGUCACAGCUACAACGAGGUGGGCCUCCUUCUACUCUUCCUCUCCGUCGGGAUCUCCAUUUUCUCCGCUCUUAUCUACUUUGCGGAGAAGGAGGAGGAAGACACGGACUUGGGCACCAUCCCUGCCUGUUGGUGGUGGGCUACAAUCACCAUGACUACCGUGGGCUUCGGGGACACCUGCCCUGUGACUCUGGCUGGGAAGAUAAUCGCCACGCUGUGUAUAAUCUGCGGACUUUUAGUGGUGGCACUGCCUGUUACCAUUAUUUUUAAUAAGUUCUCCAAGUACUAUCAGAGGAACCAAGCCUUGGAGAGCCAUGGUAUUACAAAACCCGAAAGACAGGAUCCUGAACUUCCGUAUUACAACAUCAGGGACUUGUUCACUGAUAAAGUGUAUCCAUUCCUUGGGAGCAUCACUUUCAGGAACAGUGUGAGCAGCGCCGGGGCCGACACGGACGCCUCCAGCUUACAUGAUGUCAACAUGGACAAUGUUGAUAAUUGUGAAAACUGA